AGGAAACCUCGCUCAUCUCUGCACCCGGGAGACAAGUAUCGACUAUGCCUUGAACCGCCCAAGGAUUGAUCCAGUCUGUAGGCUCUCCUCACUUGCCUCUGGCUCCCAGCCAUCUUAGACAUUGUUAUUCUGGGUUGUUGCCUUCGGUCGACUCCCCGCAGCAACUAAAUUCAGGGAAGUUUUGAGGAGGGGAGGGGGAAAUUCCUCUGAGAUAAAAAUGUUUGCUUCCAAAUCCAAUUCAGUUUCUCCUUCCCCUUCCAUGGAACAGGCAGAUGCCGAUGCCCUGGACAUCAGCACCAAAGUGCAGCUGUAUGGCGUGCUCUGGAAGAGACCCUUUGGGAGGCAGUCAGCCAAGUGGUCCAGAAGGUUUUUCAUCAUCAAAGAAAGCUUUCUGCUUUACUACUCUGAAAGUGAAAAAAAAAGCUUCGAAAGCAAUAAAUAUUUCAACAUCCAUCCUAAGGGUGUCAUACCUCUGGGGGGCUGUCUAGUGGAAGCCAAAGAAGAACCCAACAUGCCCUAUGCGAUGAAGAUCUCUCACCAAGACUUCCAUGGCAACAUUGUGCUGGCUGCAGAAUCAGAGUUUGAACAGAUCCAGUGGCUGGAGAUGUUGCGAGAAUCUGGCAAAGUGACUUGGAAGAAUGCCCAGUUGGGAGAAGCCAUGAUCAAGAGUCUAGAGACCCAAGGUCUGCAGUUGGCCAAGGAGAAGCAAGAGUAUUUAGACAAAUUGAUGGAAGAAACUGAAGAAUUGUGUCUUCAGAGAGAGCAGAGAGAGGAGCUUGAGCGGCUCAACCAGAUCCUGGAGGCUGAGAAGCAACAGUUUGAGGAAGUGGUUCAGGAGCUGAAGAUGGAGCAGGAGCAAAUCAAGAGGGAGUUGGAGCUGACAGCAAGAUGCCUCAAGGGGGUGGAGCAAGAGAAGAAAGAGCUGAGAAACCUCACUGAAUCCUUACAGCAGACAUUGGAAGAACUCUCCAUAGAGAAGAAAAGAACCUUGGAGAUGCUACAGGAGAAUGAGAACCAGUCAGAGACUCAGGCCAAUCAGAACGAGCAGCCCCACCCCAAUGGGGGUCUCCAUUGCAACCUGCGGCAGAUUGAAGAGAAGAUGCAACAGCUUUUGGAGGAGAAACUCCUUGCAGAGAAGAGGAUGAAGGAAAAUGAAGAAAGAUCUCGGGCUUUGGAGGAAGAACGGGAGUUCUAUUCCAGCCAGUCACAAGCCCUGCAGAACUCUCUGCAGGAGCUGACAGAGGAGAAGCAGCAGACCGAGAGGGACCUCAAGGCUGAGGUCAAGGUCCGGAUGGACCUCGAGAAGAGGCUUCGGGAGGCAGAAGGAGCCCUGCGGAGCCUGGAACAAGGGCUCAACUCCAAGGUUCGAAACAAAGAGAAAGAAGAGAAGAUGAGGGCUGACGUCAGCCAUCUGAAAAGGUUCUUUGAAGAAUGUAUACGGAAUGCUGAGCUGGAAGCCAAGAUGCCAGUUAUCAUGAAGAACUCAGUGUAUAUUCACAAGGCUGCUACCCGUCGUAUCAAGAGCUGUCGUUUCCAUCGAAGGAGAUCUAGUACAUCCUGGAAUGACAGGCAUCAAUAGCCAAAUGAAGCCCUCUCUGGAUCUCUGACCUAACAGAAACGCAGCUAUUAUCUUUGUUUUACUUUGUUUGGCCACUGGAGAGCAGCACAGUUUGGAAAAAGGCCUAAUCUAGCUAAACAGAGAGACACUGAAACCCUUAGGUUUAUAUGGUCCAUUUCCAAGUUUGGGUAGAGGCUAACUGCUUUCCCCUUUCCACCCCACCUCUCAUUUACCAAUGGAACUCUAUCAUCUUCCUGGGAACUACCUAAAUGAGGAAGUUCCUUGUUGUUUAAUAUUUUAAAUGGAUUGCAGGCCUAGGGAAGCAGUGCUGUACAAACUUUUCCAAAUACCAUUCUGUCCUGGUAUCACUGAUCCUCUUCAUAUACCCUCUUCUCCCUCUCUUCCCUAGACCUAGGCUCCCAUAUUGGGUUACCAAAAUUGGAACUUAAAAAAAAAAAGCCAUAGUGAGCAUAUUAGUAGGAAGUAAUAUCUGUGAUCAGCAUGACCAGCUGCUGGUUGCUUGGCUGUUCUACUCCUACACAACUCUGCCAGCUCUGUUGAUUCCAAAUCUAACCGCAGUCCCCAUUCUUCCAUUCUAUUGAUAUAAAGGAAUCAGGAUAUAGCUCAGAAAGUUCCUCCCUUCCCCAUAUACCCCUUAUUCACCCUUGCCAAAACCCAGGAAAUUUGGUUAGGGGCCAAAUAAAUUAAUGCCGCUAUACAACUCUGUAUGGAAAACUUGGCAUUUAAUAAAUAUUUAUUAUUUUA